AUGAAAUAACCUGUCGAAUUUAACAAUUAUCAACUAUUAGAAGAAACACAGAAAUUAGAUGAAUUAAUUUUAGAUAAUUAACUAGUUCAAUAUAAUAGAAUUAAAGUUAAAGUUGUCUUUACAAAAGACAAUGAUCUAUAUUAUAUCAGAGAUGGAUAAAUUUUAAGAAUGUAAAUUUUAGAGGUCUAUAAGCUAUAAUAGAGAUAAAAUGAUGAUCCCCUUUAAAACAGAUACAAUACUUAUAAUGGGAAGGAGAGUAUAGUAAAAGUAAUGAAAAAAUUGGAAAAUGGAAGGCUAGAUGGAAAGGAGAAACUUUAAUUGAUGUUGGAGGCUAAUACUGCUAAGAUGGAAAAAAAUAGGGCCUUUGGAAAGAUAUAAUAUAAAAUUAUUCUAACAUAGGUUUAUGAAUGUGGAGUUUAUUACAGCGACAAAAAAUAGGGGGAAUGGAAGUACCUCUAUGAAGAAGAAAAGAUUGGAGGUGGUAUCUACAAUUAGAUGGGUCAAAAAAAUGGAAAAUGGAUAGAUUUGAGUGAUGGUUUUAUGUUACACACAUAAGUAACUUAUUCUGGUGAAUAUAAAAAUGACAUUAAAAUUGGCCUAUGGGACGUUUGGUUAAAGCACAAAUAUGGAAACUCAAGUAGUUCUCAUACUUGGUGCAUGUAAAAUUUAUUAUAUUUAUGA